AUGUAUUUAAUGAUUGAGCAUAAAAGACAUUGUUGGAACAAAAUCCGACAGUUAGAAGAUGUAGUUGCUGCGACUGUGGGAGAAAGCAAAACUCUAGAAGCCAAAAUUGAAGAAUAUUCUUUGAAUGAAGCUAUGUUAAAGGAGAAAAUUGAACUCCUGGAGAAAGAGAAGGAGGAAGUUCUAAACGAAGCUGUUGUUGAAGGUGAUAAGGUUCUAACUCUGGAGUACAACAUUAAGGAGCUGAAUACUGCAUUGAAUGAAGCUCGAGAAGUCCUCUCCUUAAAAACUGAAGAAUUAGAACAUCUAAGCCAGGAAAUAGCAAAUUUAAAAGAAAUGCAUGAGAACAAAGUCCGAGAAUUAGAAGAUGUAGUUGCUGCUGCUGUGGGAGAAAGCAAAACUCUGGAAGACAAAAUUGAAGAAUAUUCUUUGAAUGAAGCCACGUUAAAGGAGAAAAUUGAACUCCUGGAGAAAGAGAAGGAGGAAGUUCUAAACCAAGUUGCUGUUGAAGGUGGUAAGGUUCUAACUCUGCAGUCCAACAUUAAGGAGCUAAAUACUGCAUUGAAUGAAGCUGGAGAAAUCCUUUCCUUAAAAACUGAAGAAUUAGAACAUCUAAGGCAGGAAAUAUCAAAUUUAAAAGAGAUGCAUAAGAAUGAAAUCAAACAACUACAAUCUGACACUACUGAAGUUAAAUUGAAGAUAAAUUUUCUUGAAACUUGCAUAAAAAUGGUUGAGACAAGCAAAAGAACAUUAGAAGAAGAGUUGAAACAACUGCAAAUAGAAGAGGAGAGGCUUUUGAAUUCCAUUACCUCUGAAACUGAGAAGACAUUCAUUCAGAAUAAAAGAUUAGAGGAAUUAACUUCUUCUGUUGAAGAUCUUCAAAUUCAGCUGAGUUUAAAAACAGAAGAAUAUGACGAGCUGAAAAGGGAACUUAUAAAUGCCAAAAGUUUCACAGAAGCUAUAAAUACAGUAGCUCCUCAGCAGUGGGGCAGAUAUAUAAUGGUUGCUCCACUGGAAGUUUGCACCAAAGAGGAACAACGAGCAGUGAUCCGAUUCCUGUGGUUGGAGGGUGUCAAAGGGUCAGACAUGAAUAAGCAAAUCACUGUCGAUGAGGUAGCAUCUGCUUUGAAUAUUGGUCAUGGCGCUGCUCUUCAAAUCAUUCACAAGAAGCUCGGUUACCAUAAAGUCUGUGCAUGGUGGGUACCAAGAAAGCUUACUGCAGAACAUAAGCUCACUCGUGUUAGGAGCAUGAUGAGUGAAUUAGAAGAAGCUAAAUCAAUUAUCAGUCAUUUGGAAAAUCAAGUGAAAGAACUUAGUAACAAGUCACUAAAUGAAAAAUUCCUUUUUGAAAAAAUGGAGAAAGACAGAAUAAAUGAGGAACUUACAUUUCAGACUGAAAAUACAGAUUUGCUUGAUUCGGUAUUACAAGAACAGGAAAUUUCUGCACAAAGACUUCAGGCUAUAUUUUUGCAAAAAGAAGAAGAAUGUAAACAAUUGAGUUCAGAGUUGGCAAAUUUACAAGUUUUGUAUGAGGAGAAAAUCCAUGAACAUGAAGAUCAACUUUCGUCUUCUAAGUCUGAAAAAGAUCUGUUAGAAAAUCAGUUGACUGCCUGCUUAACAAAACAGAAUUUAUUAAGAGAAAAACUGGAAAGUUUUGCAAUUGCUAAAAGCAUUGUUCAUGAAUUAUUGUCUACUGAAACUGGCAAAGUGCAAAUGCUUGCCGUAGGCCUUGGAGAGAUAAAGGCAGAUUUAAUUAACCUUCAGUCAGUACUCAGCCAAAGUGAUGCUCACUAUGUUAAUUAUAGCAGCAAAAAGGGAGACCAAAAAGAUAGCUUGAAAAACUCUCUUUGCAAAAUCUGUUUAUCCAAGAACAGAGAACCUGAAAUCAUUUCAGGUAUACAGCAGAAAAUUAAUUCAAUUGAAUUUGGAAGUCUAAUUAGAGAAGCUCUCAUGUUUCAAAACCUGAAAGAGAAGGUAUGCUUUUCUGAACUAAAUGAAUCAACAUUCAACACUUUUACACAUCUCUGCUCUUUGGAGAAGAAUUUGGUGGAUAAAUUAACCAAAUGUGAAACUAAAACAUUAUACAGUACAAAGUUUGAGAUCCGGAUUGGUUGGGACUUCAGCAAUUCUGGAUUGAAAUUUUUCCAGAUAUUAGAUCCUCAGUCAAAAUCUAAUGUGAAAGAAAUUAUAUAUGAAAUAGAAAAACUAAAACGUGAAAUUGCUCGUGCCCAGAAACGAAUAGAUACAUUGCAACAUUGCUAUGAAGUUGAAAAAAUUAAGAAUAUCAACCUCAGUACUGUUAUUGAAGAAGUAGAAAAUAAAUUGAGUCGAGUCUAUUUGGAAAAGGAGAAAUUGAAAGUGAAAUUUUUAGAUGCAAAGAAAUUAUUUACCCAUGUACAAAAUCUCAUCAAUAUCAAAAGUGGACUUUCUGCGAUGGAAAUAGACAUUGACAGCUUUUCAGAAUCUUGUUUUUGUGAAAUAUGUGAAACAGGAAGUGAUGGCACGUGUAGUUUAGAUGAAUAUCAGCAUGAUAUUCUCAAACCCAUUAAUCUUCUUAAAUCUCUUGUAGAAUUUAUAGCAACUCAUAAUAAUCUUAAAACUGAAAUAGAGCAAAUACAAAGAGACAUGUCUGACUUUCAAGCAGAAAAUGCAGAUUUGCAUUCUAAAAUUGCUGAACUGAAAACAGAACUUAAAGGAAUGGCAGAGCUUAAGACUAAAAUAAAGCAGAUGCGAACAGAUGAGUCUGAUUUUCAAGCUGAAAAUACAAUUGUACAGUCUACAGAUGUUGAACUGAAAACAGAUCUUGAAAGUGUGAAAGAAAAAGAAACUGUAAUUUUAAAUUCUGAAUGUGAUAGGUUAACUAAAAUUUCUGAAAACAUGUCUUCUCUUAAUUGUAAAAAAGAUUGUUUAAUUUUAAAUCUUGAAGAAACUGAAACAGAACUUGAUAACUCGGUUAUUAGCAAAAGUGAAAAAUUAAUUGAACAUGGUAAAGCUUUGCAUGGAGUACAUGCAGAGAAUAGUAAAACUAAUCUUUGUCCCAAUUAUAAAGAAGAAAUUCCGAUUUUCCAAAAUUCAAUUCAAGAGAAAGAAAAAGCUCUUGAGCAAAUGAGUUUGAAGUGUGAAAACUAUGAGAAAGAAAUAAAUGAUCUGAAUGCUAAAUUAUAUAGGUUUGAAGUGGAUAAAGAAGUACUUCAAACUUCUGAGCAGCAGUCCAAAAAAAUCAUUAGUGAGUUGCAAAAGAAAGUAAAAUCUCUUGAACAGUCUAAAAUUUCAUUAAAUUUGACUAUUGAAAAUGUUGAAGAGGAAUUACAGAGCAUAUAUUCAGAGAAACAAGAACUUCAAAAUAAGCUUGAUGAGUUAGCAGCCCAAACUAAUAACAGUUCAAAAACAAAGGAUUUAGAGCAUGACAUUUUGUUUUGGAAGGAUAAGUAUGAAGAAGAAAAGAAGUCCGUGGACAUUCUUUCAAGGAAUUUGGAAGAACUGGAAAAGAUGAAACAAGAUAAUGAGAUAUAUUGCGAGGAGUUGAAAAAUCGUAAUAAAAUACUAGAAACUGAUGUAAUGAUUCUGAAAAAUAUCAAAUUUGAGCAUGAAUGUGCUCUGCUGGAAAAGAUUUCUAAUUCAGAACAUAAUCUUAUAACUAUCACUCAGCUGAAGCAAAAAAUUUCAGAUAUUAAGACAGAAAAAUUAGAACUUGAAUCUAAAAUUAAAGAAGUAGAAGUCAAUUUAUAUUGUAAACAGGAAACUGAAAUUGCUUUACAUAAUGAAAUUCAAAAUUUAAAAUUGAAAGAUAUGAUUGAAGAUAAAAAGGAAGAUGGUAAAAUAAUUGAAGAAUUAAAGAAGAAAAUCUGCUCUGAAGGUAUAAAUAUGCAAAAUGAACUUCAAGAGGCUUUAGAGAAACAGUAUGCAAAAGAAAAAAUAGCCCUGAAAAAAUUGAAUCAAGAGUUAGAAGAAGCACAUGCGGAUGUCAAACAAAUUAAAGCAAUUAAUUGUGAGCUUAACUCUGAAAUUUCACUUCUCAAAGCUAAUCAAACAUCACAAACAGAAAGUUAUAAGAAAAAAUAUGAUGAUUUGUUUACCAAAUUUAUUCACCAGCAAGAUGAAAAUCAAAAUUUGAAAUUGAAGAUAAGUAGUAAUGCCAACACAUUCAAUAAUAAUUUAUCAUCUGAAUUACAAAAUGCAAAAACAGCUUUAACUACUGCUAAAAACUUUAUAGUGAAAAUACUUAAUUUAAUCAUAAAUAUGGUUGAAAGUUAUUCUUUACAUGAAGAAUAUGAAACUGGCAAGUCUGAUUUAAUUUCUUUAAAAGUUGCUUGGGAACAGAGCAUUGAGGUAUUACUGAAAUCAGAAUUUAAACUGCAAAAUGAUAUAUCCACAUGGUUGGUAUCAUUCUUUAAGGCUUUUAAUUUCAGUAAAGAAAUUCAGGUCAUGCUGCAAAAUAUCUCCAAAUCCAUUUGCAACUUUGCUUCUGAAACAGAAGAGCAUCCUGAAACCUUCAUCGAUAAUCAGAUGUCUUGUGGAGAAUAUAUAAAUGAUAUCAGUUGUGACAAUAAAUUUACAAUUGAGAAUAAAAAAGAAAUGAAUCACCAGAAGGAAAUGCUUGAGGAGAUGUCAUUAAAAUUCAAAGCAACUUUAUCGGAUGAACAAAAGAAUAAACAUGGAAAUCCCCCAGAACCUAAAUUCAAUAUCAUUAGGCUGAAUUAUCGUCGCUUAGAAAAGAAGCAUGAAAACCUUUUGAAAACCUGUGAAGAAAUGGAGCAGCGCAUCAAAGGCUUGGAGGAAGAAAAACAAAACCUUGAAGAUGAA